CGGCCUGGGCUAGCACGUGGGGGAGCGGCCGAAGCGGGGUGCAGCGCUGCAGGGCAGGGCCGCGGGGCUAGGUGGGGGCCAGGGGGCGGUGGCGGGAGGACUGUGUACCUAGACGGUCGCCCGGGAGCAGGCAUAGCUUCUUCACCUCGCCUCCAAGAUGGCAAUCCAGUUCCGUUCACUCUUCCCCUUGGCAUUGCCUGGAAUGCUAGCGCUCCUUGGCUGGUGGUGGUUUUUCUCUCGUAAAAAAGAUCGACUCAGCAGCAAUGAUAAGCAGGUGGAGACACUGAAGGUUGGCCCUGCCAUCAAGGACCGACUCCCCAGUGAAGAGGCCUGUCCUAAAGUCCUAUCUGUGCCCCUCACUGUUACACAGCCUCCAGAAAUGGAACAGCUCUCUCUGGGCAAGUCUUCAACAGAACCCCCAGCCUUGCCAAGGCCACGUCAGGUUCGCCGGAGAUCGGAGUCCUCAGGCAGCCUCCCCAGCAACAUAGACACAAGGUCGCAGUCGUGUAGAGAUGACAGUUCAAAGGUGGAACUCUCCCUGAUGGGGGACGAAGCCAAAUCUAUUCCUCUUGGAUGCCCCCUUCUCCCAAAAGAUGUGCCCUUCCCCUUUGAAGCAGUGGAAGGGUGUAAGCAGGAGUUUGCAUUGGGCAAAACACCUGGAAGGGGCUGGCUCGGCCAGUGUGCAGCCUCUGGAGAGAGAGCAAGAGAGACAGGCGGAGUCGAGGGGAAUGGAGAUGCUGUGUUGGGGGAAAAUGUACCCGAGGAAGGCCUGUUGUCCCGGGAGUGUGGCUCAGAAGUAGAGAAAAGUGAGAUUCCAAGCCUGGCCCCCUGGGGAGGUGGGGGAGAGGAGGUGAGCAGUGGCUCCCCACAGGUGGCUGAGCUUGCAAAGAAGAAAGAAGAACGUGUUGUCGGGAAGUUGCCAAGUAGCUUUGUGGAGCCAGUUCGCUCAGAGCUGGUUAAGGAUGAGCACGCGUUGGAACCCCAGGUCAGAGGUAGUGAUACUUGGGACAGAGACCUGCCUAGAGAACAGGUCAAAGAGGAGACCUUGCCUAAAAAUGAUGAGAUUGAACAGGCUGCUUUCCAGAUUAUCUCCCAGGUGAUCUUGGAAGCGACUGCAGAGAUGCGGGCCACCACGAUGGGCAAGACUAUGGCACAAGUGCAUCCCACCUCGGCCGCUCGGCCCCAGGAACUGAAGGAGACCUGUGUCCCAGCCAUCCAGGAAACUGGCCUGGGACAAGACCCCCCAGAUCCUGUUUCCACUACAGCAGGUGCCACUGCCAGCCCAUUAGCAGAAGCCCUGCCACCAAAGACCUACGUGAGCUGUCUUAGCAGCCCUCUGCCAAGCCCCACCACGGACCAGAAGCCAAAGAUCUCUGCACACCACAUCUCCCUGGCCCCCUGCCCAUCACCAGUUACCCGCCUGAGACAGUCUCUGGAUGGGGCAAGUUCCCCGGGAGGAGAUGACACUUUCGUCACCUGUAUGUCCAACAACAGGCAGAGUGUCCUUUCAGUGACCUCCUCGGGGCCGUGCUCGGAUUCUUUGAGUACUUCGGGGCUUGAAGACUCUUGCACAGAGACCAUCUCAAGCCCUGGAGGCAAAGGUAUCACCCCACCACUGCCAGACAGUACUGAGCCCUUCAGCAAUGGGGUGCUGAAGGAGGAGUCCUCAGACUUGGGGACUGAGGAUGGAUGGACCAUGGAUGCAGAAGCAGAUCAGUCAGGAGGUUCGGACGGGAACAGCAUGGAUUCAGUGGACAGCUGCUGUGGGCUUACGAAGCCCGACAGCCUCGAGAAUGUCCAGGCAAGCUCCAACCCUAAGAAGGUUGACCUCAUCAUCUGGGAGAUUGAGGUGCCAAAGCACUUAGUGGGUCGACUGAUUGGCAAGCAGGGUCGGUACGUGAGUUUUCUGAAGCAGACGUCUGGUGCCAAGAUCUACAUCUCCACCCUGCCUUACACCCAGAACAUCCAGAUCUGCCACAUAGAAGGCUCUCAGCAUCAUGUAGACAAAGCUCUGAACUUGAUUGGGAAGAAGUUUAAGGAACUGAACCUCACCAAUAUCUAUGCUCCACCACUGCCUUCGCUGGCACUGCCUUCCCUGCCGAUGACGUCUUGGCUCAUGCUGCCCGAUGGUAUCACCGUGGAAGUCAUUGUGGUCAACCAGGUCAACGCAGGGCACCUGUUUGUACAGCAGCACACACACCCCACCUUCCAUGCGCUGCGCAGCCUGGACCAGCAGAUGUACCUCUGUUACUCUCAGCCUGGAAUCCCCACCUUGCCCACCCCAGUGGAAAUAACGGUUAUCUGCGCUGCCCCUGGUGCGGACGGGGCCUGGUGGCGAGCCCAAGUAGUGGCCUCCUAUGAGGAGACCAAUGAGGUGGAGAUUCGCUACGUGGACUAUGGUGGAUAUAAGAGGGUGAAAGUCGACGUCCUCCGGCAAAUUAGGUCUGACUUUGUGACCCUGCCAUUCCAAGGAGCAGAAGUCCUUUUGGACAGUGUGGUCCCACUGUCAGAUGACGAGCACUUUUCAGCCGAGGCAGACGCAGCCAUGAGCGAGAUGACAGGCAACACAGCCUUGCUGGCCCAGGUGACAAGCUACAGUGCGAACGGCCUUCCUCUCAUUCAGCUGUGGAGUGUGGUUGGAGAUGAAGUGGUGCUGAUAAACCGGUCGCUGGUGGAACGAGGCCUUGCACAGUGGGUGGACAGCUACUAUACCAACCUCUGACCUCGGCUCCCUGGGCUACACCAGGCUUUUUUGCACUGUAUUAGAUUGGGCUUGGCACUCAGGACAGAGAUUUAACAUCAGAGUAACAAACAUUGUUCUCGAGUCUUCUUUCCUCCGUUCUGUAGUCCUGCGAAAAAGACGCUUCCUCCCCGAGGAGCCAUGGGUUCUUUUCAAAGCCUUAGCCCAGCUGGAGGCUGUUGGAAGGAAGGUCUCUUCACCAGGUUGUCCUGUUCCCAUUCCACCCAAACCCCACACGCUGCAGCAGGCAGGCCAAAGCGGGCGUGGGGCUGGCUGAGAGGGUCUAUUCCGUCUUUAUUCAGGGAGUGAGACUGGACUGACUAUUAUCGAUCCCUGUAGAGCUCAUAUGGAUGAAUUGUUGGUGUUUAGCCAGUUUUUAUAUACUUCCUCCAGGGGUCUAGGAGCUCAGACUAAUUUUUAAACAUAGAUGUAAAUAUGGAACAGUCAUCACACCUGACCUCUGAGUCGGGGAGGGGGCGCUAGUAUCUUGCCAAGCCUGGUUGUCAUUUAUAAUCAUUUUCUAUUUGUGCAAACUCUGUAAAUAUAUGUUUAAAAAUGUAAUAUUUUGUACAAGAUACACUGGAGAACAAAGGGAACUCAAAACUCUUCCACAUUCUUCACCCGGCAAUAGAAAAUCCAUCCCACAGACUGGGACUGCUGCCCCGCUGCCCAGCCAGGGCUCCUGCGGCUUCCUGUGCACAGACACGAAGUUGUAUGAGGAGGUUGCCAUUUGGGGAUUUUUUUUUUUUUCUGUACACAUUUAUUUAAAAAAAAAAAAAACUUGUUGAAUUAUCUUGCAAUGGUGUGUUUGACUCUUUUAUAGACUGUCUUUAGCAUUGUGCAAUUUAAGAAUAACUUAAGUAUCUUGGACUUACAUAAAUCUUGAAUUGUAUAAACUA